AUGGAUAGUGUGGCCAAAGCAGCCUCCUGCGGAGGAACCGACAUCGGUGGGAGGAAAACCAGUACAGAGGAGAGCCAGUGCUGGAAUGAAGGGCUGUCCCGCCUUCUCCGGGUCCAGCCCCCACACCUGACCGGCGUGGCGGUGACACAAGAUAAUCACACAGUAGGAGCAGAAGACCCAACUGACCUGCAAACACCACUGGAAGUUCUUCAGCAACAGCUGGAAGCAUUUCAGACAUUUCGGCAACAGACUCUGGAGAAUAUUAACACGGUACAGUCUAAAUUCCGUGAGAUACUAAAUAAAAAUAAAAAUAAAAAUACAUGCGAAAGGAAAACUCCACUAUGUAGUUCAGACAAGAUUCUGCACACGAUGACUUGCACACGAAGCGAUGCACCUCUGCUUAUGGAAAAUCCUGAAUCGCUGCCUGCUAAGAGAAAAGUUCAUCAUGAUCAACAACCCUGUUCAGAUGAGCACGUGGAAGCAAAUUCCAAUACUGGAAACGUCGUCAGUGAUACAAAUAUUCCACACAGGAUUUCGCUUAAAACUGUAGCAACUGAAAAGGCUGGAAAUUCAGAAGAUCUGUUUGGAAACAACAGGAUACUUGCAAUCGAAAAUGAACAUAAAUGUGGACAUUUGCUAUCUGGCACUCAUUUGGAGACAGAAAGGCUGAAUGCUGCCCAUGAGAACGUCAUUUUGAGUGAAUCUAAACAUCAUAUACUUUCUCCCAAGUUUGGGAAAGGAUUUCAUAAAGUAGACAACACUAACUAUCCUACCAAGCUGCUGAAACAAGAACUUCAGAAGUCAGUCCAUAGUGAUUUGGAUUCGUUAGCAGAUAAUACAGAAAAAUCUGGCUUUUUAUCCAGAGAAAAGUUAAAUAACUUAAAAGAAGGUGCAGAAAUGGCAACCUCUUCAGAUGAAUCACAUACUGGUUUAGUUCCAGUUAAAGAAAAUGGCCUACAUUUUGAUCAAGAAUUUUAUAAAGGCUCCAAAUGUGCCAAUGUAUGGGGUGGUUCUCCUACAACAGUAUACAGUGAAAAAGCAGAAUCUCAAAGCAAAAAUGGACAUAAAGAAUUCAGAAUCAAUUACAGUGAACGUGACAGAUUCCAGGUUAAUUCCGAGAUGGUGAAAGAUAAGCUACUAAUGCUUGAUAACAAAGAGCAACUAAAAAAAGAAAAAGAGCAACAACAGACUACUUUAAGUCAAACGUUACUGAGGCCAGGAAAUCAGACGUUCAGCAAAAUCAAAGUAGCCUCUGAAUAUGAUGGCAAAAUCGACACAUUGCAAGAGUCCCUGAAAAAUUUUGAGCAUUUGCAAAAACCAGUACAUGAUCGUCUGAAUGAUAGUUUAGCUCUUAAGAACAAAGCGGAACCUCUUACUGUUACCAUACAGUCUUCGGAAGAAAAAAUAUCAACAUGUAAUACGCAAAUUAAGGAUUUAGCUGAAGAAAAGAACAGUGUGCAAAUCCAGUUGGUUAAAUCACAAGAAGACAACAAGGAAUGUAUUAAGGAAGCAAAGAACUCCUUAAGAAAAUGUAAAGAACUCCAAAACCAGAAAAACAUCCUUGAGGAAGAGAGGAAUCAACUCCAUAAUGGAAACCAGCAUUCAAUACAGACACAACAUGAUUUUCCAAUUAGGAACCAGAAAGUAGAAGAAAAGAUGACCGCUGUUACCUGUGAAAGAGAGAGGCUCAGUGUAAUCCUAAAGCUCUUGCAAAAGGAAUGCUUCAAGUUAAAAGAAACAAAUGAAAAACUUAAGACAGAAAUAUCCAGGCUUACAAAAGAAAAAAGUUCCCUAGAACAAGAGCCUGAAAGAAAUCAGAGUGAAAUGCAACAAAUAAAAGAAAAAGAAACCACAAUAAAAUCUGAACUGGAAACUCAUCUUCAGUUAAUGCAAACACUGGAAGCCAAAAAAAUUAACCUUGAAAUAACCCUACAAGAAUGUUCUAAUACUGAACAGAUGCUGCAGAAGGACUUUGAGAAACUCCAAUCCAAUAAGGCUUAUACAAAAAAGAAACUCAUGACUGAACUCAGAAAUGCAAAGGCAGAUAUUGAUCUUUUAAAGUCUAACUUGACCAGUGCAAACAGAGAAUGCAAAAGGUUAUCAACAGCAGUAACAAACGUCACAGAGGAAAAUCAGUUACUUAAGAAAGAACUGCAAGAAUAUAGACAAGGCACUUCCAAAUGUGAUGCCUGGCUGCGUCAGUGCGGUGAGGGGACCAGCGCGCUGGUCUGUCCCCCUCCUGCUCUUCAGGGGGGCCCGGGAUGGAUAGUGUGGCCAAAGCAGCCUCCUGCGGAGGAACCGACAUCGGUGGGAGGAAAACCAGUACAGAGGAGAGCCAGUGCUGGAAUGAAGGGCUGUCCCGCCUUCUCCGGGUCCAGCCCCCACACCUGA